AUGAAACUCAGUUGCUCCAUUGAUUCUCGAGGAAACUGUAUCCAUAAUGAAUCACCUGUGAAAAGGGGCAGCAUCACAGUCAAUGGUGAUCACUCCAUGACUGAACUCAAUUCCAAGCCUCAGUCCUUGUCUCCAAUGCCUUAUCAAGCCAGUUUAAAUGACUUGAGUACCCGAGAGGAUAUGUUUUUUGAUUCUUAUCCCUGGCUAGAGUCUGAUUGUGAAGAUUACCUCAGUGUCGAUGGUGAUUUUACUCCAUCAUGUGGCACUACUCCUAUUCACCAAGGCAGCUAUAUCGAAACUCCUCCAUGUGAAGAAUCUCUCUAUAUUAUUGGUUCAGCCAGGUCAAUACCUGAACCUUCUCCAGCUGAUAUGAAGAAGCAACUAAUUGAGCUCUUUCGAGAGAACAUCAGUAACGAUCUGGCUGAUGAGAACCCAAGUUUCCAAGAUACAGUCAAUGGCAAGCCUAUCGCCGUUUACCUCCCUCCAAAACGUACAAGUAGAAGUCCAUAUCGAUCUGUAGAGAGCUCUGUUUGCAGCAGUGAAACAACUCCACACAGAGGUUCCAAACCCAGGAAAGAGAAACCAACUCAUUAUGCACAUUGCUGCCUUCCAAAUAUCGUGCGGAGCCUGAGCUUUAGUGAGGGGAAGAGGGGGCUGACCCCUGCCUAUAGUGGUGGACAGAUCACUUUCACCUUUGUCUUCUUAAUCUUUACUCCAGCUUUACCAUUGUUGGUGGUGUCACACAUGGUUGGCAUUGAAGACAAGUUGUUGAACGACAAAUUCAAGUUGUUCAAAAAAGUCAAGCUUGGAGGAAUCGGGCCAGAAAGAAGGUUAGAUGAAAGGACAAGAGUUUCUAACUACUUCAAGCUUCCAAUAAUCUCUGGUAUCACACCAGUUAGCUGGUUCCAGGACAAAUUCAGGGCCAGUAAAGUUGAGAUAUUUGUUAUCUCCUCUGGUGUCACUCCUAAUAGAUUGCUGUAUGACAGGCCUAUGAUAUUUACCAGUGAAAUUAUGUUAGCAUAUUCAACGAGUCUUCCUUUCACAAUCAACUCCGCAUGUCUAGAGUGCGACAUACGCAGGGUUGAUGGCAGAAAUUUGAAAAGAAAGAUUGGCAAUUUCAAAGCAGUUAGAAUGUUAAAUUGCCAAGACAUUUGGGAAUGGAACCUGAUAAAUUAUUAUGUGCAAGGCCCAAAAUGUGUAGACUGGAGAGGGAAAGAUUCGUCACAUUUGGCCAAACUGGGAGUUGCCGCACUGAGUGGUCGGAACUCAAAUCAGCCCAUGCUCAAAGUUUAUAACUUAUUGAGACGGGAAGAGUUCCACUUAAUUGGGCCCACUUUGCGACCGCUGAUUGCAAUGGAAAGUAGACUGAAAGGAGGAAUCCAGUCAUUUCUCACAUUGAAAACCAAAGGGUUGGAUCCAGAUGAUAAGGAAAGAUCCGACAGAAGUGUGAGGUAA